GCCGCUUGGCUGUGCCUUGUGUCGGUGCACCUACUUGGCGCUCGGUGACGCAUGCCGCUUGCAGUCCGAGAGAAAGCGUGAUGGAGCGCGCACGUCCGCCCAUCCCGCGAGAUAACCCCCGACGGACACGCGUGUUCCCUGAAUACACGCAGCUCCGCACCACCGCCGAUCGCCCGCCCUUCCGCUUGCCUCCGGCGCCGCGUACCGGCGUCGCGCUCGGCGUCUUGGCGGCGAGUUACUCGCAGUCCUUGCCCGGCCAGCGCUCGUGCCUGUUCUUUGUAUUGUGUCUAUUCACACGCGAACACGCCGCAAAAGUACCAUAGUUGAGCGGUGCACGUGUCCGCCGCAAAACAGGUGACUCGUGCCGCACGUGCACGAUCGCAAACGCGGCGGGCCCCCGUCGACAUGUGCCGUCAUGGGGUCGCUCGAAGCAGCGCGGCCGCGAGGCCACAGGGCAUGAGCGUUGGAUAUGUGUUCUGGGAUUGGUACAAGCUCUGUUGCAGGCACAGAGGCACAGUCAUACGACGGGACGACUGUUCGGCAGCGCGCUGCGUCAGGUGUCUCCCUGACGGCGGCGCUCGGCAGUACUCUAGAAAGCCGAGGGUGGGAAUGUGUGCAUGGAAGAAAGAGAUGAGAUGCGGAGAGGAGAGUAGGAGAUGGAUUGAACAAG